UUGGGGCUUGAAGAAGGGCAUGCCAACGUCAAUUUCACGUGAUUGGCAGUGGCAUUUGCAUCAACUGGUGCAGCGAUUAAUUAAUUAAUUGAGUUUAAGCUGAAGCCGCGCCUGCGGCGCCAGCAGUGGGCCGUGUGGGGGCAACGUACGCACGUAGUGCGAUCUUUGUCUGGUGCAUUGCUGGCAGGAGGGACGCGGGUCGCAGCUGCGCUCACACAGUGCUGAGUCGAUGCGUAAAGCGCACAGGUCCGGACUGGAUUUGAAUUCUGCUACAGUUUUUGAUAGUAUCAGCACUAUUACCGUUGUAGCAGGUUUAGUACUAAAGACAAUUGAUUGCUGAUGGCUGUCACUUUUUUCCUGAGAAAUCAGUAAAACCGAGGGGUUUUUUAGAGCAUUUGGUAGGGGUCUGCUCAUAGAGGAAUAUACAGCAAAAGCAAAAUAUGAAUGGAAAACAAUUAUUGGAAACACUUUUUUAGACGCCCAAUUUAACUGCCAAUAAAAGAUUAAAAAACAGAAGACUUGUACAAUUCGAUGCGUUUAAAUUGUACUCUAGUACAAGUCCCACUCUCGCCCUGGCUGUGCCAGUUUUGGAUCAAUAUCCGGAUUCCGUUGCGGAAGCCUCACAGUAAAAUGAACGUGUUGUGGCUCACCCCCCUAAUAGUUCUCUUAGGCAGCUUUCGGCCGUCGAACUCCUCCCGGGUGCUGGAACUGAGCAAUGGGUUCCAGAAGGUGCGCAAAUCGGGCGGCAGGUGGCUGGUCAAGUUCUACGCGCCCUGGUGCGGCCACUGCAAGCGUCUCGAACCCAUCUGGAUCAAGGUGGCGCAAGCGCUGAGCAGCACCAAUGUGCGAGUGGGCCGGGUGGACGUCACCUCGUACCCCUCCGUGGGCACCGAGUUCAACGCCUUCGCCACGCCCACCAUUAAAUUCAUCACUCCCGAUUCGGAGCACACCUACACUGGGGACCGCACUUUGGAGGCCUUGGUCAACUAUGGAAAGAGGAUGGCUGCGCCUCCCGUCCAGGAAGUGAGGAAGGUCGACAGCGUGGCCGCCCUCAAGAAAGCCAAUCAGCUGUUCUUCAUGUACGUGGGUGAACGGGAAGGGCCCUUAUGGGACACGUUCUACGCCAUCGCCUGCCACCUGCAGCCUCACGCCUUCUUCUACUCCACCAGCUAUGAGCUGGGAAGGGAGGCUUUGGCCAAUGGGUCGCGGCCCUUCGUGCUGGUGCACAAAGACCAGGAGUUGGCCUUCUUCCCGAACUCAACCCAGCACGAGGCGGAACCCUCCCUUGAGCGGUUGAACGCCUCUCUGGCCCAAUGGGUGAACCGCGAGCGCUUCGGAACGUUCCCCAAGCUCACCAGUGACGCGGUGAAAGAGGUGAUGCAGACUGGUAAGUUCCUGGUUUUGGCCAUUGUGGAGGAAUUCAGACAGGGCCCGCAUAUAUCAGAGCCGAUGCUCGAAUUUCGCCACCGGGUGGAGUCAGUCAUUCGGAGGAAACGCAGUCUUUACCACGAGCACUUCCAGUUUGGGUGGAUGGGCAGUCCGGAUCUGGCCAACAGCCUGCUGAUGACGCGCGUCCCCCUCCCCUUCCUAUUGGUGCUCAACUCCAGCACCCUCCACCACCAUCAGCCCGAUGAAGAGCCCGCGCGGAUGAGUGCGGAGCAGAUCGAAGCCUUCCUCGAUCGGGUGCUGAACGAAACCUCCCCGAGACUAGGGGGCAAUGGACUUUACCUGCACAUGGCCAGGAAGGUCUUCGAUGUGAAGCGGCACCUCGAGGACAUGUGGCUCGGUAACCGCUUCCUGAUUAUGCUGCUGUUUGGGCUCCCCGGCCUCUUUCUGAUGCUCAUCUUAUGGGCCAGCUGCUGCACUGACAUGCUGGAUGCGGCCGAGGACGACGAGGACGAAAACGGCCUCCACGAAAAGAAGGAAUAGACACAGGGAGGAUUCACGUGUUUAUUGUUGCUAAAGGUUCUAUAAGUAAACGAAUUCGUAAUGAAA